CGUGGGCACUGGCACCUGAAUGAGGCACAGAGUGAGACCUCUCUCCUGUCUCCGCCUCUCUAUAUUCAAAUAAAAGUCUGGAAAACGUAAUAUCUGCCCAAUGCGCGCGCCCUGAUGUGACAUAAUGGAACGUGCGAGGCUAGAAAAGCUCGAGGCGGUGCUCACAGUACACUCAGAUCCUGCACGCGAAGAGACGCCUGCCAACGGUUUGAGUGAAGUGUUAAAAAUAUUAUUUAAACACAAGAUAUUUUACACUUCGGUUUAUUUCUGUGAGGUUAUGGGCAGGGCUCCGUUCUGAGGGAGUGUCGAGCAGUACAAACUUGUCAUUUCGACCACGGAAAUAAUGAUGAAGAGCCUGGCGGAUGACGCAGACCUCAAACCGCAUCUCCGCGACGCCGAGAGCAUCCUCAGCUCCCCGGACCUGGGGCUGCUUAAACUGGCCUCCCCGGAGCUGGAGAGGCUAAUCAUCCAGUCCAACGGAAUGGUCACCACGACACCCACCAGCCCCCAGUUCCUCUACCCGAAGACGGUAACGGACGAGCAGGAGUUCGCCGAGGGCUUCGUGAAGGCGUUGGAGGACCUUCAUAAGCAGAAUCAGCUGAACGGAGCCGGACAGACGAACAACAGCCUGGAUCUGGGCGCUAACAUCGCCCCGGUCACCGUCCAGCCGGAUCUACCGGUAUAUACGAACUUGAACAGUUACGGCAGCGGGCCAUUGGAAACCACUGUCAACUACUCAACAGACACAGUCCCUUUCCCGCCUCCUCCGUCGCAUCAUUUAGGGGCAGCCCCGCCGCAGCCGGAGCUUUCUCGGGUCCAGCCGCUGAAGGAGGAGCCUCAGACGGUCCCCGACGUUCAGAGCUUCGGGGAGAGCCCGCCGCUGUCUCCCAUCGACAUAGACUCACAGGACCUCAUGAAAGCCGAGAGGAAGAGGCUCAGGAACCGGAUUGCAGCCUCCAAGUGUCGGAUGCGCAAACUGGAGCGGAUCUCCAGGCUGGAGGACAAGGUCAAAACGCUGAAGAGCCAAAACAACGAUCUGGCGUCAACGGCUGGCCUGCUGAGGGAGCAAGUGGCCCAGCUAAAACAGAAAGUCAUCACCCAUGUCAACAGCGGCUGCCAGCUGCUGCCACACGAAGUUCAAGUGCACUAGUCCGGGGAGGACAGACCUGCAGUUGGGCUACUGACCAGCAUAUAAGCUUCAUGGACUUCGUUAAUGUUGGUUUUUAGCGUAGCCCAGAUGUGUGCCGUUCCAAGUGGAAUGAAUGCCAGGCCACGUAGGCCAAAUUGUACAUUAAUAAUCGGCUGUUUAAUGGCUUUGAUCACCGGCAAAAUGUGAACAUAUCUGGUAGAACACAGUUUAAAAUAAUGGGUGAUGAGACUAUUCCGCUACAAUCGGCCGACAGAUCAUUUGGGCAAGUUGCAUUUUUAUUCGUAAAGCAAUUUCCAGAACCCACAUUGCUCCGCAGUCGCUGCCGCCCGGUGGAGAGCACGCAUCACUAUUAAUCAUUGGAUUUUAAAAUAAAUAAUCGUCAAGUGGUUUAUUGGAUUUAUGCCGAAAGGAAGAGCGUUUUCCUUUAAUAUGUUCGAUGUAUGAAAUCCUGUUCUACCUCGUAAAUAUGUUAACUGGUGAACAAGGCAGCAUUAAACUGCAUUUUUUUUAAAUGGAAUUUGGCCAUGGGCUUUCCUGAUGAGAGAACGAGAACGAUGUUUUUUUCCUCUGUUAAAAAUGUUUACAGACUGGCUGUAUACAGUCUCAAACCUGGAACAAACAGAUUUUCAAUAUUUCUACUGAAAUAUGCACAUUUAUGACACAGAUAUCAUGAGGAAUUGGCUGUAAGAAAAUGCGCCCACACAAGAGAUAAUCUACAUAUAUGGACUAUUUACCGUAUAUGUCUGUAGGGAACAAUUUGCAUGUUGUUGACAUACUCGAAUGUUGCCCACAGCUGGGUGUCAAAGGGCGCAAUUAAUCAAUGUUUAUUUAACCUUUACAAAGACAUGUAUUUAUCUAUUUUUUAAAUCUACUGUGUCCCUUUUUCAGUGUGUUCUUGUUUAAAUGUGAAAAGUGGUAACCUUUUUUGUUGCACUGACUGUUGCGAUCACUUCUAGUCCACAGUUAUUUGGCUGUAUGCCACUGUGUUCUAUAUUAAAUUCUGCCAAUAAACACUGUUUCCUCCA